GCCCAAUGUGUUUACUGCAUCGUUCAGCAGCUUCAAUGGUCUCCAGCAAGGGUCCAGGACCUGGGCUCCCCAGACAAAGCCACUGUCCUGGAUCCCCAAAGCCGUUCUCUCUGCCCAGCCUCUUCCCUGGGAUCCCCUGGAUUUCAGCCUCCACCAGCAAUUGAAGGAUUAAUGUCUGGCAUCCUAGGGGCCUCCAGGAUCCUGCUUAAGCUCUAAGCCGGUAACUGUUCCACCCAGAGAGGUACAUGCCAUGCGCCCCAGCAUCCAGUAGAGAGACUAAGUGUCUCUGUGCGUCUCCUUCCUCCUCAGCAGGUUCAAGUCUUCUCCCUACAAUUCUCAGUAGCAGACUAUGGAGCUGGGUGCCAGGGGCAACAGAACCGCUGUCACUGAGUUCAUCCUUCUUGGCCUAACAGAGAACAUAAGACUGCAAGCCAUCCUUUUUACUGUCUUCCUCUUUGCCUAUGUAAUCACAGUCGGGGGCAACUUCAGCAUCCUGGCUGCCAUCUUUGUGGAGCCCAAACUCCACACUCCUAUGUACUAUUUCUUGGGGAACCUGUCUCUGCUGGACAUUGGAUGCAUCACUGUCACCGUUCCUCCGAUGCUGGCAUGUCUCCUGACCCACCAGUGCAGAGUUCCCUAUGCGGCUUGCAUUUCACAGCUCUUCUUUUUCCACCUCCUGGCUGGUGUAGACUGUCACCUCUUGACAGCCAUGGCCUAUGACCGCUACCUGGCCAUCUGCCAGCCCCUCACCUACAGCACCCGCAUGAGCCGGGAAGUCCAGGCUGCCCUGGUGGGCAUCUGCUGCACCAUCUCCCUCAUCAAUGCUCUGACGCACACAGUGGCUGUGUCCGUGCUGGACUUCUGUGGCCCUAAUGUGGUCAACCACUUCUACUGCGACCUCCCACCCCUGUUCCAGCUCUCCUGCUCCAGCAUCCACCUCAAUGGGCAGCUGCUUUUCGCAGGGGCCACCUUCAUGGGGGUGGUCCCCAUGAUCCUUAUCUCGGUGUCCUACACCCACGUUGCAGCCGCAGUCCUGCGCAUCCGCUCAGCGGAGGGCAGGAAGAAGGCCUUCUCCACGUGUGGCUCCCACCUCACUGUGGUCUGCAUCUUUUAUGGAACUGGCUUCUUCAGCUACAUGCGUCUGGGCUCAGUGUCAGCUUCGGACAAGGAUAAGGGCAUUGGGAUCCUCAAUACUAUCCUCAGUCCCAUGCUGAACCCAGUCAUCUACAGCCUCCGGAACCCUGAUGUGCAGGGCGCCCUGAAGAGGGUGCUGACAGGGAAGCGGCCCCCGGAGUGAGAAGGCAGUGGGCGUGAAGAUGCUGCCUCUUCCUUGUGUACCCCACUUUCUUGUACUGAAGGCUUGGAUGUGGGAAAAGGAAUAUUCAGGGAUGGAUUAAGGAGGAAGGAAAGUAGAGAUGGGCCAGGGUAGAAUAUGGUUUGCCUUGGACUGGGGACAAAGGCUAAAAUUUAGGGAAAAGCGUGUCUAAAUAGCUGACAGACGAUGGAUUAAAGACAGAUGGGAGCAAACUAUGUGGAUCAGGAAGUGAGACACAAAUUAACUAUCUUGUAUUUUUUAAUGUAAUGACUGUUCAACUGAACUAUAUUUAAAAUCUCAAUUAAAAUAUUUCCCCUCCCCCACUUUUAAGAUAAACUAUAUCUGUACCAGAGUAUGGGGUCCUGAUUUUGUAAACAGCAAUGUCAUUUCUCUCAAAACUAAGAGAAACAACCUGAACUUAGAGCCAGAAAAGUGUUUCCUUCUUGCAAAGAAGUGAAAGAAAACCUUGAAUUAGCGAGAACUGAGCUUAGAGUGUCAGGGUAUGAAAUCCUGUAACAUUCGAGACUGGGAUCUGUUCAGCUUGGAGUACUUUACACAAGCGGGAUAAUAGUAAUAAAUGAGUGAUUGUAAAUUAUUACAGAGUGUUCGUCUUUUUAGGGCCCCACCCAUGGCAUA